AAAUUCAGUCACAAAACUUAAUAGUUAUAUAAUUGGGAGCACAACUGGGAGUAAAUUGGUAUGCAGGCCAUUAAGUGUGUUGUGGUUGGGGACGGAGCUGUGGGUAAGACAUGUCUUCUGAUCAGUUACACCACGAAUGCCUUUCCCGGGGAAUAUAUACCAACAGUGUUUGAUGGCUAUUCGGCCAAUGUUAUGGUCGAUGGGAAGUCUAUCAAUCUGGGACUUUGGGAUACGGCUGGUCAGGAGGACUAUGACAGAUUGAGACCCCUUUCCUAUCCACAGACGGAUGUCUUCCUAAUCUGCUUCUCACUCGUAAAUCCGGCCUCUUUUGAAAACGUGAGGUCAAAGUGGUAUCCGGAGGUGAGUCACCACUGCUCGCAGACACCAAUCAUUUUGGUCGGAACUAAACUGGAUCUGAGAGACGAUCAGAAGACGAUCGACAAACUGAAGGACAGG